GAUGCCUUUUGUUACGUCACGAGUUCAUUUACCGCAAAGCGGCAUCGUGCUGGUGCUUUUUGUAAACAGGAAAAUAUAAAAACCAAAAAACUUCAGUUUUCUGCAUAUUUCCAGCAUAAAUUAGUUAAAGAAAACCAUGUUCCACAUUAUUCGACGCACUAUCAGUACUACGGCUGCUCAAUCCGGGAAACACAACUUCCGCAAAUUCCUGUUCUACAACAAGCGUGGCACAAGGAUAUUUAAGAAACUGCGAGCUGCUAAUCCGGAACUCUACGCGGACAUGCCGAUCGACAAGCGAGGUGUGCGGGACACCGGUGUAACCCGGAAUGGUCAGUACCUAGAAAUCGAAGAAAAGAUACCGCAAUUAGUGGUGCCAAAUCUGGAAGGAUGCAAAUUCAAACCGUACGUUUCGUACCGGGCGCCGGAUGUCAUUCAGUCUGAAUUUACCAGCCAGGAUUUGUUCAAUGCCGUUUAUGCCGAAAAGGUAAUUGCAGACUUCAAGAGUGGAAAGCUGAACGAAGAUGGAUCACCAACGGAGCCUUCGGCAGAGGAAUCGCUCAACCCCGAUGAAGCAUGGGUCAGAGCAAGGAAAACUGGUUCGGAUAUGUUUUGAAUAAACAGCGAGUUCUAGUAAAAUUUAUUGCAAAUUGA